AUGGCCGAAGUCGGCGAGGACAGCGGGGCCCGCGCCCUCCUGGCGCUGCGCUCGGCGCCCUGCAGCCCCGCGCGGUGCGCCGCCGCCGCCGCCGCCGCCGCCGCCUUCCCGGCCGCCGCGGGCCCCGCCGCCCCCGCCCCCGCGCCGGCCGCCCCGUCGCCGCCGCCGCCCGCCCAGCCCCCGCCGCCGCCGCCGCCGCCGGGCGCCGCCGCGGGGGGCGCGGGGGCCGCGGGGGGCGCGGGCGCGCCGGGCGAGGCCCUGGUGGCCGCGGCGGCCGCCUCGGUGCGCCGGAGCCCGGAGCCGGUGCUGGCGCGCCUCGAGGGCCGCGAGUUCGAGUUCCUCAUGCGGCAGCCGAGCGUCACCAUCGGCCGCAACUCGUCGCAGGGCUCGGUGGACGUGAGCAUGGGCCUGUCGAGCUUCAUCUCGCGGCGCCACCUGCAGCUCACCUUCCAGGAGCCGCACUUCCUCCUGCGCUGCCUCGGCAAGAACGGCGUCUUCGUGGACGGGGCCUUCCAGCGGCGCGGCGCGCCCGCCCUGCAGCUGCCCCGGCAGUGCACCCUCCGCUUCCCCAGCACGGCCAUCAAGAUCCAGUUCACGGCGCUCCACCACCAGGAGGCGGCGCCCGCCUCGCCGCUGCGGCCCCUCCACCCCCACAUCUCCCCGCUGAGGAUCCACAUCCCGGAGCCCGACCUCCGGGGCCUGGUCAGCCCCAUCCCCUCCCCGACCGGCACCAUCAGUGUUCCCAACUCCUGCCCGGCCAGCCCCCGCGGGGCCGGCUCCUCCGGCUACCGGUUCGUCCAGAACGUGACCUCGGACCUGCAGCUGGCCGCGGAGUUCGCCGCCAAGGCCGCCUCUGAGCAGCAGGCCGACGCGUCUGGAGGGGACAGCCCCAAGGACGAGUCGAAGCCGCCCUACUCGUACGCGCAGCUCAUCGUCCAGGCCAUCUCGUCGGCGCAGGACCGGCAGCUGACGCUGAGCGGCAUCUACGCCCACAUCACCAAGCAUUACCCCUACUACCGCACGGCCGACAAGGGCUGGCAGAACUCCAUCCGCCACAACCUGUCCCUGAACCGCUACUUCAUCAAAGUGCCGCGCUCGCAGGAGGAGCCGGGGAAGGGGUCCUUCUGGCGCAUCGACCCGGCCUCCGAGGCCAAGCUGGUGGAGCAGGCCUUCCGGAAGCGCCGGCAGAGGGGCGUGUCCUGCUUCCGCACGCCCUUCGGGCCGCUGUCCUCCAGGAGCGCUCCGGCCUCGCCCACCCACCCCGGGCUGAUGUCCCCCCGCUCCAGCGGCCUGCAGACCCCGGAGUGCCUGUCGCGGGAGGGCUCCCCCAUCCCACACGACCCGGACUUCGGGUCGAAGCUCGCCUCUGUUCCCGAGUACCGCUACUCCCAGAGCGCGCCCGGCUCUCCCGUCAGCGCCCAGCCCGUGAUCAUGGCUGUGCCCCCCCGACCUCCUAGUCUCGUGGCCAAGCCCGUGGCCUACAUGCCUGCGUCCAUCGUGGCGGCACAGCAGCCCCCAGGCCACGCCAUCCACGUGGUGCAGCAGGCGCCCCCUGUCACCAUGCUCCGGGUGGUCACCUCCUCCGCCAGCUCCGCCAACGGCUACAUCCUCACCACCAACCAGGCCUCGGCAGGGGGCGCCCAUGAAGCAGCAGGCACCGCGGUGCUGGACCUGGGCAGCGAGGCAAGAGGCCUGGAGGAGAAGCCCACCAUCGCCUUCGCCACCAUCCCCGCCGCCACCCGCGUCAUCCAGACGGUGGCCAGCCAGAUGGCCCCCGGCGUCCCCGGGCACACGGUCACCAUCCUGCAGCCGGCCACGCCCGUGAGCAUCGGGCAGCACCCCCUCCCGGUCCGGGCCGUCACGCAGAACGGAAGACACGGGGUCCCCACCAACAGUGUGGCCAGCAGCGCUUACGCCCUCACAAGCCCCCUGCAGCUCCUGGCGGCCCAGGCCAGCUCGUCCACUCCCGUGGUGGUCGCCCGGGUGUGCGAGGUGGGGCCCGAGGAGCCAGCAGCUGCCACCACCACACCCGCCACCGCCACGCCAGCUACAGCCACGCCCGCCGCCACCACCACGCCGGCCACUGCCGUCCCCUCUGCGGCAGCCUCCGGGGAGCCGGAGGCGAAGAGGUCGCGGCUGGAGGAGCCCAGUGGGACUGUGAGCGCGCAGGCCGGGGUCAUCGCUGCCGCCGGCCCGCAGGGGCCCGGGACCGGGGAGUGA